CUCAAGAAAAUCGCAUCAUCCAUGAAAUCACAAAUAUCCAAAGCGAUCGUCUGCAACAACUGGCCGAAUGUGAGAAAACAAUGAGUUUGGCAUCGGAGAGAAUACAGCAUUCAUUGGGGACAGCAAGAGAGGUGACAAGGACGGCAGCGGAUAGUGAGUUCCUCUCACUCUACGCAGCAAUCAACAAAGACUUGAAAUUGUUGGCAGGUCAAACUAUUCCAAGAGUUGACAAGAGGCUUGGAUUUCUGAAGUUCAAGCCGAGUGGGGGCGUAGGUGACCUCAGUCUGGGCAAGGUGGUGACGGAAGGAAAGUUCGAGCAGCGAUGUGUGUUUGGUAGCAAGGGAAGCGAUCCAGGAGAGUUCUAUUGGGCUUGUGGCAUUGCUGCUCGUCAGCCUGAUGAGGUUGCAGUGGCUGACUACUUGAACAAACGAGUUGUGAUCUGCAGCAUCGAUGGUAACCAGAAAAGCACAAUCCCGAUGGAAGAAAGGCCAUGUGGCGUUGCAGCUACACGCACCGGCAAUCGCUUAGCGGUUGUUGAGGAGAACACAUCUCACGUGAAAGUCUUUGACAAGGACAAUACGCUGGCUUUCCAGUUCCCCACAGUGCCACCGAGUGAGGGCGGUAAGACCGCAGUGGACCUCCGGAGUGUAGCAGUCAAGACGGAUGGGACCAUUGUGGUAGGUGACAUCGAGAGAAUGGUGCUGACCGAACACAGCCCCACUGAUGGCGAACUCAGAAGCACCAUCCCAGUCAAGAUUAAAACUCGUUAUGUGGCUGUUGACAGCAGUGAUCGAGUU